GCCACAAAUGUUUUAAGAGACAAUUAUGUGUCUGGAUUAAUCAACAGAUCAAUUUAAUUAUCAAAUCUCAGCUGUAAGUGUGAAUGGCUGUGAUUAAUAUCCAUCACUUGUUUGUUUGUUUUUUUCAGUAAUAUUGUGUAAAACAAAACUGCAAGGGAACAACUUCAUAUUUAACAUCUUGUUAGCUAAAGCUAAUCUAAUCAUUAUUCCUUGUUACUAUAGCAACCAAUUUAAAGUACAAAUUCGGAAUUUAUUUUAAUUUAGCCAGCACUAAGUAAGUGGAGUUGCAGUGUUCUCCCUCGUCUGCUGCGGAUCGUUCACUUCCUGUGGACACGCCCUUCUGCUUUCCCAACACAACACCGGGCGCAGGAGUCAGUUCGUUGUAUUCAAGCCGAGGAGAAUGAGCAGAACACAAUUAGCUACGUGCGUGAUGACGUAAACCACAGGCACGCAGCCAGUGCUCGGCAGUGUUAGGCUAAGCUCCAACACGGCAAGUUUUAGCUAUAAAAUGAGUACCCCUGACCGCAAUACAAAUGCGACUGAGCGAGCUUCCACAAGUGAAGAGAAAGCAGACGAAGUAGUUGAUAAGAGAGGAAAGACUAAUUCAGUGGUAUGGAAGUGGUUUGGCUAUCUAAGCUCUGAUAAACUUCAGGUUUCAGUGCGCUGCAAAAUGUGUCGGAGAGCGGUGCCGACUAGCAGCGGGAACACAUCAAAUCUGUUCCACCAUCUGAAGCAGUUCCACCCGAUAGAAUAUUCUGAGAGUCAGAAGAUGAGGCAUCAUAAAGGUUUAAGCCAACCUGUCUCUGAAAUAUCACCGCGACCCACAUCCCCAUCACCAGCUGUGUCAAAAGAGAAACCGAUGCAGCAAACAUGGAUCGCUGCAUUCAUGCCUCAGGACAAACAGUCUAAACGUUAUAAAGAUAUUACUAAGGCUGUCACAAACUUUUUGGCUAAGGACAUGAUGCCGUUUAGUAUGGUAGAAAAUGUGGGCUUCAGGAAAAUGAUGUCCGUCAUCGACCCCAGAUACGAGAUCCCUGGCCGGAAAUAUUUUUCCAGCACAGCUAUACCUACACUUUACAGUGAAGUUAGGGAAAGGGUGCAGGAGCAACUGAAGUCAGGGUCAUAUUUUGCGACCACAGCUGACCUGUGGUCAAGCCGAACCUCGGAACCAUACUUGAGCCUGACCGUCCACUUUAUUGACCAAGAUUGGAAGCUUGUCAGCUUAUGCCUCCAGACGGUUUACUUUCCCGAGGAUCACACGGGCGAAGCAAUUGCAGCCGGACUUACGGACGCGCUCGCCUCCUGGGGACUCAGCGAGGAGCGCCAGGUCUGCAUCACCACAGAUAGCGGGACCAAUAUCAUCAAAGCCGUGGAGUUGAACAGAUGGAGAAGGCUACAAUGCUUCGGGCACCGACUGAACUCUGCUAUUGGUAAGUUAUACACAGUUAAUAUACAUUUGAGUAUUAUGUUAAGUUAUUUUGCUUAUGGCAUGAGGAUAUAUUACUACAAUCAUUGCAGUAACAAAUAGGCGAUAUGCUUAACACAAAAUAGGCCUAACCUAAACGUAGCUUAUCAGUGCUUGUAUGUUUUUGAUAGCUAUUUUUAUAUUCUUUAUAUUUGUUUAUAGUAUGCUUAUAUUCACACAAUUUUAUGCUUGCUAUGUGGUUGUUGCAUGCCAUGUCAUAAGAAGUUCAUUGAGCAUGUGUUAUAAUGUGCAUUUGAUUUGAUAAUUGAAACACUUGAGUUGAGGUGCUCUGUGUUGUGUAGGCGAUGAUUUCAUGUGAUUUCAUUCCCCCAGUUUAAGUGACUGAAUAGGCUAUUCAUUUAUUCUUUAAUUAAGACAUACAUAUUUGUAUGGAUUUAUACAUACAGCAGUUAUAUUAAUAAGAUUCAAAGGUGUUUUACUGGCAUGGAAACAGAUGUUUACUUUGCCAAAUCAGGUGUGAAAUAAAAACAACAAAAUGUACAUAAGCAGAAGAAUUGUGAUUUUGAUGUAAGAAUAAUAUAAAUAAAUCAAAUUUUGUAGUUAAAAUACAAAUGAGAACAAUAUAUUGCAAUAUUUUUUUCUCUCUCUGUGUACAGAGAAAGUUCACCAAGACCAUCGAGUGGACAGAGCAGUUGGGGUCUGUAAAAAGGUGGUGGCUGCCUUCUCCUACUCCUGGAAGGAGAAACGGGACCUUGCAGCUGCUCAGGAGGAGUAUCACUUACCACAGCACAAGCUCAUCGGUGAAACCCCAACAAGAUGGGGCUCCCGUCAACAAAUGGUGGAGCGGGUUCUGGAGCAGAAAAGGGCCAUCACAGAGGUCCUCUCAAAAGACAAGAAGACCAGGUCGCUGGUUCCUACUUGGCAAGAUGUGGACGUUUUAGAGUCUAUAGAUGCAGCUCUAAGCCCGCUCCUUGAAUUCACCGAUGCCUUGUCUGGCAAGUCUUAUGUCAGUGUGUCAUUCCUAAAACCAGUGAUGCAUCUCUUCAACACCUCCAUCUUGAAGGAAAGAGAGGAUGACACAGACCUCUCCAGGACCAUAAAGACAACAGUGAUGGGAUACCUGAAUGAAAAGUAUGAUGACCCAGCCAUGGAUGAUCUACUUGACAUGGCAUGCCUCAUUGACCCAAGAUUGAAGCUUCAUUACACUCAGGAGGAGAAGAGAGAAUACAUCAAAGAGAAAGCUGUGUUGGAGAUGUUGAAGGGAGAGAGAGCUGUUGUGGUAAGGGAAGAGGAGUCCAGAGAAGAAGCCAUGGGAGAUGCUUCUGCAGCAGUGACACCAACCAAGAAAUCAAAGCGGUCUCUGGCUAGCUCCCCCCCCCCAAACAGGUCCACCAGUACCAACACAGAAGGCUUGAGUGUACAGCAGGCAGUUGAGAGGGAGCUCCGCAACUACCUUCUGUCUCCAGAUGCUGACUAUGACUCAAAUCCUCUGGAUUGGUGGAAAGUCUCUCAUAAGAACUUCCCCAGAGUAAGCCAACUGGCAAAACAUUACUUGUGUAUUCAAGCCACAAGCUCCCCCUCUGAGAGGGUUUUUAGCACAGGUGGCAAUAUUGUCACAUGUAAAAGGGAAUCUUUGAAGCCAGAUAAUGUAGACCAGCUUGUA